ACGAAAAAGUCGAUUAAGAAGCUGCGUUUCUUUGCGUGUUGGUUUUCCCAAUUCAAAUCUCUCAAUUCGUGUCCGCGCUUUAGAAAACUGAAAACCCAAAGAAGCAGCAACAGCAGCAACUGCCACAGCAGCAACAUCACUCGCAGCAACAGCAGCAGCAGCAGCAGCAACAACAAUCAAAACACGUUUUACUCCCGCACAUUGAAAACGUAUUUUCCACAUUUAACAAGGAUUUUCCACUCAAAAAACCAUUUAAAUUGGUUUAUAGUUUGGAGUAUUAUUUGUGCUUGUGUUUUUUGAAUGAAAGUGUGUAACCAAAAAUAUGGAAAUUUCGCUUAUAAAUAUUAAUGUGUUUUAUUGAAUAUUUGUGUCUUUUACUUUGAAGUCGGUUUCGUUUUUGUGUCGAUAUUUUGCAUUAUUAAUUACAAUUUACGUUCAUCAAGUGGAAACAAAGACAAUUUCAAAAUAUGGAAAAUAAGGAACUGAGCAAAAAAAGCUACUGAAUUGGUUUUGCCGCAAAUCAACGUGUGUGUUUCGUUGGUAAUGUGAUCGGCGAUCUUCGGGAGCAAUUAGAAGACUAAACAAAAGGACAAAGGACAGUAGGACAGCAGCUAACCUACUGGCAACGCGAAGGCGUCAAAGAGAUUCGAAAGGAGAAAAGGCAACUUGACAAGGACUAUUCGCACACUGUGGCCAGCGGAGGAGGAGGAAAUCGAACCGAAUGCAGUAUCUCAACUACGCUCUGCAGACAUCCACGCGACUGCUGACGUACCAGGGCCCAAACCAGGAUCUAUAUCCUGACCAGACAGGACUAGCCUCCGCCCACGAGGAGGAUAUCAAGCACGCCUGCUGCAGUCGCGGCGCUCAGUUGCUAAGACUGCGCCACCGAGAGCUGGCCAAGAGACGAGCUCUAGAGGAUCAGAUCAACGCCAAUCAGGAGGAGGAGGCGGAGGACGAACAGCAGGAGGAGGAACAGCUGCCAGAGGACUUGGACAGCGAACAGGGAGCUGUCGGCGGGGAGCAUCUGCAUCCGCAGCCAGUCCAAUGAAAUUUACUCUCAUUUAAUGUCCAACUGGCGCGAAGCAAGCUGCUAUCGUUCUUCAACCGCGACAUGGCCGCCACUGAUGGCCAAAUCAUAUUGGCCGCCUCCCGAUUCGGCGAUGCCACGCCCGUUUACCUGCGCGACUUUUCCAAGCAACCGCUGCCGGCGGUUGCGAAGAUCCUUAAGGGUCAACAUCAGGCCCUGGGCGUGCCCACCCUGUCGGCCCCAUCCCUGCAGAGCACCGCCCUAUUCCUGAGCGCCGGUAAAAAGUACCAGAUCCUGGCCCAACCCAUCAAGAUCAAAGAGGGUCGUAAGCCUACAAAUGUGGGCGCCAAGGUGCUCAUCCCCGAGACCUAUGGCGGCUAUUUUGAGCUUCUCAGCGAAGAUGGUCGAUCGACGAGAUGCAUCGACUCCGUUCUAGAGCUCUCCAGGCGGCGGAAUGCCCGGGUCCUGGUGCGGGAGACAUUCCGAUGCCAGCAGAUGAACCGAACCAUUCAUGCCGGCGAACUGCUGACCACCAUGAACGACAAUGGAAAGUACCUGCAGUGCAGGAACAUCAAGGACGAGAUCAUCAAUCUGCCACUCGAUACCAAAGCCAAGUUCUCGCCCAUCGCCAGGGAGGACAGCAUCAGCGGCGUGCACACCGUCAAGAAUCUGCUGCUCAAGCGGAUGCCAGUCAUCGUGAGACUCGUCCACGGAAGUGCACCCAAAGGUCUGAAGCAGCCGUUUGUGCCCGAACUGCGACUGUUGGGCUGCGUGGAGAUCGACAGGAUAUUUGCUCUGCCCCUGCAGAAGGACACGGAUUUGGUGCCGGUGCCGCUGAACGCGAAAAUUAAGCUGCAGCGGGCCAAAAACAUGGAGCAGCUGGAGCACUUUAUCGAGUACUCGCGAUUCCUGGACAAGGCACAGCGAUUGCUGGCCGAUGCACGCGAUCGCCUGCAGAUCGUUGAUCUCAAGCUGAGCGAGAAGGAGAAGAAGGACUCCAAGUUCAAUAGUCGCAAUGGUGGCAGGUUACCGGUGGUGAUGCUGCCAUCGGCAGCUGGAAUGGCCAGUGGACUGGCGGAGAGUGGUUAUGUGUUGCGCAAGAGUGCCAGCUGUGAUUCGUGGUCGAAGCAACAGCAAGCCUUGAGUAGCAGCGAAAUAGCAGAGGAGUACAACGAGAUCGAUCAUAUCUAUGAUUAUGUAAGGGGCCUAACGCCACUCUCAAAGGGAUUGGCCCGUUUCGAGCCCAUCUGCGAGUCACCCACUCUGCGUUCGCAUCACACGGACAGCGGUAGUGGCAACUACUGCAGCUUGAUACGGGGUCCGGUCAACCAGCAGGCCUCCACCUCCGGAAAUAACAACUACAGCAGUCUGGAGUCCAAUAAGCACAGCAGCAAUGGUGGUGGCCAUCAUUCCAGUCACCAGCAGCAGCACCAUCACCACCAUCAUCACAUGGUUAAUCACUACCAUCAUGGCCAUAUUCAGGAGGACAUCAAGCCGGUGCCACCGCCCAUCGAAACGAUUCCGGGCAAGAAACCGGCCGAGAAGCGCCAGCGUCCGACUCUACCAAAGCUUUACAUCAAGAAUGCCCACAGUGCUGGGAGCAGCAGCAAUGGCAACUCCACGGGCACCACCCACAGCACCAGUCACAGUCACAGCCAUAGUCACAGUCACGUCCACAGUCACAGUCACACGCAGUCACAGUCGCAGCAGCAGCCGCCACCGGCUACUCCCAAUGGGAACACGGCUGCAGCCGUGGCCAAUGCAGCGGCUGCUGCUGUGGCAGCUGCCCAUCAUGGUUCCCAUGGAUCGCACGGUUCACAUCCGCAUCCCCAUCCGCAUGCCAGUGUGCAUCCGCAUCCUCAUCACGGCAAGGUGCUGACGCCCAAUAACCAUCUGCCGAGCAAAGAGGCCCUGGAGCCGCAGUCGCCGCUGUUUCACAUCAGGUACAAGAGUCUUAGCAGCCUGCAACUGACGCCGGACAACAAUAAUUGCUCCUCGGUGACGCCGCCGACGAUCUCAGCCCAUGGCAAGUCAUCAGUAGCUGGCGGUGGAACCGGAUCAGGAGCAAAUGGGUCGGGAGCACCGGCAACGCCGGGCACACCACCGGAUGUGGUGCUCAAGUGCGGCAGCAUCCUGAAUGUCCAUGGCUACCUGUCCAGUCCACAUCCCCUGCCGUUGCCAUUGCCCCACAGCCGGAGUUCUAGCAGCAAUAACCAUCAUAAUCCAAGGGAGGGCACUUUGGACUCAUCCCGCAGCGGUGGCCGGACUUCGGGUGAUUCGAACAAACUGCCCGAGAAGAAGACACGCCGACUGUCGCGGCCAAGAAGUCUAUCGAACUUGGUCUGGGAUCUGCGGCCGUCGAAGGAGAAGUCAAAAAAGAAGCUCUACAUCCAUCACUUUGAUCAGCGGCAGCAGGCGACGCUGUAUCUGUAGGAUGAUUGCAUGGAUGUAGAGUAUCUCCAGGAUGACGAUGGAUGAGGAAGUAGCAGCACGAUGAUGAUGAUGAUGAUAAUGAUGAUGAUGAUUCGUUGCCAACUCGUUUCUAGCUGCCAUCGACCCCCGCAAAACAGAAAAUAAAAAACAGAAACAAAAACAAAAACAAAAAACUACAGAAAAAGUAAAACACAAUAAAAGAGGAGCAACUACAACUUUUGGCACGCUGUGUGUGUUCCUGCAGCUUUCACCAUUUAGCCUGCAGCAGCAAUUUUAAUUAAUAUUGAAUUGUGCCUUUCCCUGCUACGCCCAGAAUUAUGCUUUAAAAACCAGAUUCCGACGGAGUAUUUGAUGAGAAUAUUUCGACCGGAUGGAUCGAUCCCCCGAAAAUGAAAGGCUGCCAGCAGACACACACGCGUACAAUACCCCACACAUACACAACACAUAAACACACAUACACACAUCAAGUCUAUAAAAUUGUGAUUUUAAUUUUAUGUUUUAAUUUAAUAAUUAUUGCGAACCAUUUUCAAAUUGGAUGAAAAGCCAUUUAUGCUAUUCAGAAAACAAAAGAAAAACUCACAAAACGAACUUGAAAAUCCACAAGAAAUUAGUUGUCUACAAACGAGAUAUAUAUAUAUUUAAUGAGUACUGUAUUUAAACAGGAUAGCAAAAGGCAAAUGUAACUAAUAGUAAGUCAAUAAUAUCAAGCAACCAUAUAUCGAUCAUUUAGAGAAUGUUAUGCAACACGUAAAGCUAGCUAAAAUGAAUUUAUAAAUUAAUACAAUGAAUUUCCUCCUCAUAAUUUAAAUGUUGUGCAAACUGUUGAUUGAAUGCAAUUAAACCGUAAUCGAACAACUCUUGUUUAGUAAUUAGUUUGCUCAGAGCCAGAUACCUCCCCUCGAAACCCAUCCCGCGGAAUAUUAAUUCCCCACCCCAACGAUCUGCUCGCAAUUGCAUUGUCUUAGUCGUUUAGUCUGUACAUUUUAGUUGUAUUUACCAGCUUAUAUGGCCUAUAAAUAGAGAGUAUAUAUAUAUAUAUAUAUAAAUACAUACAUACGUGUAAAACUAUAAUAUAACUUGUAUUUGUGUCUAAAUAAAUGUCUCAGAAAAAUAAAUGUAUAUGCAAAACAA